GUUGUGACGCUUGUGUCCGCCCGAAGAAGAAAACCGUUAAGGAAAUUGUACAACACGUGUUCCAAAACUUCCCAUUUACAUGUUUCUAUGCCCGUCUCCAAUAUUUAUGCAGUGACAUGUUCCGAUGCUAUAUCUAGAGAAAUGAAAUUGAACGAUAAUGUCGUGAGAAGCUUUCGCGUUGCGAAGGUUUUUCGUGAAAAUAGUGACCGUAUAAAUAGCAUCGAUUUCUCACCAAACGGUGAACUUCUCAUUUCCAGCGCUGAUGACGAUCAGAUUGUCAUUUAUGAUUGUCAGAACGGAGCGCCAAAGAGAACAUUAAACAGCAAGAAGUAUGGUGUUGACUUGAUAAAAUUCACUCAUGCUUCCAAUACAGCAGUACAUGGGUCCAACAAAGUCGAUGACACGAUACGGUACCUGUCUCUGCACGACAACAAAUACAUCCGAUAUUUCACAGGCCACACGAAAAAGGUGACGACGCUCGUCAUGUCGCCGAUCGACGACACGUUCCUCUCGGCUUCGCUCGACAAGACGAUUCGCAUCUGGGAUCUCCGGUCGGCAAACUGUCAGGGUCUCAUGCACUUGUCGAGUCGACCCGUUGCCGCUUUCGAUCCGGAGGGCCUCAUAUUCGCUGCGGGGAUCAACUCCGAGAUGAUCAAGCUAUAUGACCUGCGAUCGUUCGACAAGGGCCCGUUCAACACGUUCCGGCUACCGCAGGACCGCGACUGCGAGUGGACGGGCAUGAAGUUCAGUCCCGACGGAAAGAUGAUCCUGAUCUCGACCAACGGACAGGUGAUCCGGCUAGUCGACUCCUUUCAGGGACAGCCGCUGCAAACGUUCAUGGGUCACACAAAUAUGAAGAAUAUUCCGCUAGAGGCGUCCUUCAGUCCUGACUCACAAUUCGUCUUCUCCGGGUCGACCGACGGUUGGAUCCACGUUUGGAACGCAGAGAACGGCACGAAGACGGCCAACCUGAAUUGCGAUCACACGGGGCCCGUGCAGGCAGUCCAGUUCAACCCCAAGUUCAUGAUGCUAGCGAGUGCCUGUUCCAACAUGGCGUUCUGGCUGCCGAGCAUAGAGGGCGACUGAGCGAGCGACGAGACGCCGCGUCGACUGUACAGUGUAUCAUUUUAUCCCUUUUUAUGCCGGGAGCGCCCGGCGGACGACGCCUGGUUGACGGACGCGGAAGCAUGCGGGAUGAGGAGGCGCGAGGAGAGGAGGGGCGGCUGUAGGGAAGGACUGGUGCGCAGCUGCGUCAGCGGCGAUCAUCGCCCCGCAUCGGCGACUCAUCGCACGCACACGCCACCUGGUGUUGGUGGCUGCGGAGCGGAGCACUCGUGGGAAGAGAGAUCGGCAUGGUUAGCCGCGGCCGCCGUCGUCGUCGUCACGGCAACCGACGACCGCAUCCGCGCAGUUUCCCCGACGCUCGGCCGCUGCACGUGCGUUCCCCCGCCGGCAACGACGCCCGGAAAUCGUCUGCAGCUCCAGAGAGUCGUGCCGCGGCAGAAGACGAGCGACAAAGAGUCCAUCCAUCGUCUUGGCGACCGCUUCCCGCGCAUGUCGCCCCGCCUUCCUCCCCUCUUCUCCCUUCUCACUCCGGGGGAGUGUCAACCCGUGAGGGAGAGACAGGCGUCGCCGGCGACCGAGUGACCUUCGUCGCGUGUGUGUAACGUGUAUAUAUUUACGUAGGAUAGUGCGUGCGUGUCGUGCCCACCCGCGCACAUCACGAACAAACCGAGGCGACGUAGACGGUCGGUACGGAAGCCCCGUCGUCGAGUGGCGGCGAGCGAGAGGUAGGGGGAGGAUGCGCACGAGACCAAGUUGCCAGGGAAGCUGAGGAGCUCUCGGAUGCGACGACUUGACGACGACGACAAGCUGUUUCCCGUCGCGGAGAAAUCCUGACGAGGAUGUGCGUCUGUGCCAGUGGUCGCCGUCUCACAAUUGUGUCGUCACGGAAACCGUUGUCGCGCUAUGCUGGUCGACGUCGUGUCGAAGUAGUUAGUUCGUCGUCUUUUCACCCUGCCUCUCUCUUUCGCUCUCUCUAGUCGCACCUACUGGUCACGUAUGUGCGCCGCGUCGCGGGGAGGGGGUGGUCGUGAUGUUAGAAAUGUCUCGUAGAGAGUUGUAACCCGUCGUCAUUGUUCUGAUUUCGUUCGGUAUCGUGUACAAAGCGCCGAGGAUAUCUGUGUCAUCAUCGUAGUUUUCUUCCUCAAUCUCCGUGUUCCUCUGCUCUUAAAUUGUAGCUUUCGAUGUGGCCUUUGUACAUUCGGUGAUUCCCCCCCGCAUAUGCAGGAGGCAAGCUCGAUCGAAUAGCUCCCACGCGAUGCACCAAUUUAUUCAGAUAGAUGUCAGUGCAGAUAGCGCCAUCUGUCGUUGGCAAACAGUAGCUUCUGUGUGCAGAUCUAUUGAUGAGUAUUUGUUGAUGUGAGAGCACAAGGCAUCGAGCGGUUCAUAUGUGACAAUGAAUACAGGUUCAUCGCUUGACCAAGGAUCUAUAUAUAUAUAAGCAUAACUAGAUAGCUCACAUUCCGGGAUUGUGUGAUGUCACUUGUACGCUGUGUGUGUGUGGUCAGCUCAAAAUUCUUAGUUGGGAUUGGCAGAGAGGAUGUUGGACGUUAUUCAAACACAUGUUUCCAACAAUGAUGUUUCACACGUUAAACCAACUCUUGAUGGACUGAUAUGGUGACCAAGUGACAGCAUCAGCCUAGAAUUGUGGUGCUAUAGUGAUAGGAAAGUGCAGCUGUUUAGUUAUGAUGUAUAGAUCAGUGGACAGGAGGAGAUGUAAAGGUUCCGUUAUGGCACACGACAUAUGAAAAUGUUUGUCAGGCGUAGAAACUUUAUUUUAAAACCCGACAACCAGACGUAGAUGCAUUUUUAGAACGUUUUGCCAUUCCAACAGCAGUGUAACUUUUUAAUUUUCUGUUCUUGACUCGCCGAGCAUUUGAGAAUAGCGCCAGCUCUUUGGUCUCGACUACACACCCACUGGAAUAAAUUCCUUGGCAAUAGCCGAGAAAAUUCGAUAGUCAUGACUUUGCUAAUGCCUAUAUCAGCCUGUCACUUUUGUUGUACAAUUAAGAUUUUUACACCCAUUAUGAUUAUAUGUAAAUAAUAAAACUUCAUCUUAGUGAAA